AUGGCGCCAGAUGCGCCUGCUCCAGUCGAUGUUAUCAUCAACGCGUCACCAGGCAUAGACGACGCUUUGGCCAUCCUCGCCGCUUUAAAAUGCCCGUCCAUUCGUGUGCUCGGUAUUGCCACGUCAUUCAGCCACUAUGUGACGUGUGAAGCUGCCACACGCAACGCUCGAGGCCUGUGCAUAGCAGCGGGUCGACCAGACACACCCAUUGUGCAGGGCGCCACAGCACCGCUCUCAACCGCACCAGCAUCAACAGCAAACGCCUCUGAGACCACCGCAACCAGCAGCGGCUGCAGCAGCACCCCUACCCCUGCCUCCCUGAAUGCAUGCUCCUCGUUUCUGGGCCCUGACGGGCUGGCAGGAGUGCAGCUGCCUUCCGCAAUUCCUGCAGUCCAACAGGUUGAUCCCGCAAAUGGCAUCACUGAUACCUUGGCUUCCACUCGUAUUGCCACUGCUGCUACUGGUGCGGAUGGAGAGGGGAAGGACGGGGGAGAGCAGGGGGCGGAGGAGCGGAGGGCGUGGGAGUGGAUGUGUGAGGAGGUGGCGAGGAGGCCCGGGCAGAUCACCGUGGUGCAGCUGGGACCCAUGACCAACCUCGCCCGGGCCCUUGCUUUACGUCCCUCGCUAGCAUCGGAGCUGGCGGGCAUCUGGGUGGUGGGGGGUUCAUUCUUCGCCAGUGGGGAUGUGAACGCCGCUGCAGAAGAGAGCGUGUUUGCAGACCCUGAGGCCGCUGAUCACGUGCUGACGAGUGGAGCCAACAUCCACGUGCUGGGACUCAACGUCACCACACAGGUCAAACUGACAGGCACAGACCUUGCCUCUUUGUGCGCGCAAGACACAGCAUCCACUCCAGCAGCAGGCGAGGGCGAGCAUGCCACUGCGUCGUCAGCAGCAGAGGCGUCUCGAGAGGCAUGCGAGAGCGAUCACGCAACUUCUCCUGCACCAGAAGCAUCUCUGGUGGCGCGCCUGGUGCACGCAUACAGGGGACACCACCAGCAAUCCGACCACAUGGACGGAAUCUUCCUGCAUGACGCGUGUGCAGUGGCAGCGAUCAUAUCCCCCUCACUCUUCUCCUUCAAGCGAGGCAGCGUGCGCGUGGAGUGCACCGGGUUGGGUCGGGGAUGCACUCUCAUGGACUACUCGCUCAAGAAGUGA